AUGGGCAACAAGCUAUCAUCGUGUUCGUGCGCGCCCAUCCUCCGCAAGGCGUACCGCUACGAGGACAGCCCGUGGCAGAACUCCCGCAGACGAGAUGGACAUCUUUUACGACUUUGGGCUGAGGUAUUUCACGUGUCGGCGAGCGGGGCCGGCACAGUAAAAUGGCAGCAGGUGUCCGAGGACUUAGUUCCGGUGAAUAUCACCUGCAUACAAGAUUCACCUGAGUGCGUGUUUCACAUCACCGCUUAUAACUCGCAGGUCGACAAGAUACUCGACGUUAGACUACUACAACCUGGUACUCGUAUCGGCCAGGCAUCAGAAUGCUUCGUCUACUGGAAAGAUCCGAUGACCAACGACACAUGGGGGCUCAACUUUACGUCACCAAUCGACGCAAAACAAUUUAGAGAAUGUUGCUCACCGUCAUUCAAAUUCUCACGCAAGGCCUCCUCGAGCUACAGCCUGAAGCUGGAGCCGCCUGGUGCUAAGCAGAAAUUCAAGACUAAAAGGAAACCAGUUUCUACCCCAGCCAGCCCAAAUCGAUCCAGCCUCACCUAUGGCCGUGAACCUCAAUGCACUUGUAUGACGCAAGAACAAUAUGCUAGAUUAAGGGCUCAGGAUCCACGUUACCGAUCAUCCACUCUGCCGCGUACAACUACACGUGCCAUUGAAACAGAUGCGGGAGGCGCGGCGCGAGCGGACAAGGUGGCUGCUGCCACCUCAUCCACUUCGCUCUACGACAAUGUCACCGGCUCGCAGCCGGCAGGCAACACACAAGCUCCGCCUAAACCGGCUGCCCGUCAAACUGAAUCGCAACCACCUUCGCGACCACCGAAAUCACAGGAAACCUCAACCAUGACAACUAAUACUUCGACUGCUCCCAAAACUGUUACCGCAUCUGUGGGCACUCAUGGCACUAGUACUAACGAAGAAUGUCAGACUAGUAGUGGACAGACAAAUCAGCACGGACAAGAUCUCAAGUCAGAGGGUGUUCAAGCAGGUGGUACACUCACCUCUUCCAAAUCUUCGGCUACUUCCACACGCUCCAAAGAACAUCUACAGCACAUGCCGAAGAGUGUUGAUUAUGGAGACGGCAAUGAAUCCUCUCGCGAGCAAGAUCGGCAUACGAUGCAUAACCACAACGUCAUCAAUAAUAAUACAUCUGGAUCGCGCCGUACGAAAUCUAAGAGCACUGAAGACAUGAAUAUGGAUUCGAGUACACUCAAACGAAUGCUCAAGCCCAUGCCGUCGACGGAGAGUCCGGUGACAUCACCAGAGAUGGGCCGUCGUCGGUACGCGGGCGGCGCGUGCCCGCCGAGCUGCGCGUCGCACGCGCACCGCCACCCGCACGCGCACCACGGACACUACGCGCACGUCGUGAACAACAACAGCCGGCAGGGAUCGCAGCGAUAUUCCUCUACAAACCGCGGCGUGGGAGUGGGCGCGGCGCCCAGCGGGUACCCGGGGCGCGGCCUGUACCUGGAGCUGGGCGGCGGCGGCGGCGAGCGCGAGGCGUCGCCGCCCUCCGACAACGUCAUGUUCGACAACCAGUGCUACGCGACGACGCCCUCGUCCUCCAACGGCAACUCCGACCAGGAGCCGUGCCAGCGACGCGAUAGAGAUCCGAGACAUCAUCAUGGACAGAAGCCGUGCCUGUCGCGCCAGGCGUCGCAGUCGAGCGCGACGCCGGCGCCGGGCUCGCCCACGUCGCGCCUGCUGCUCGAGUACGAGAUGCACUUGCGCAACACCCUCGCCAAGGGCAUGGACGCGGAGAGCUACAGCCUGCACACGUUUGAAGCUCUUUUGAGUCAGAGUAUGGAAGAUUUAGAAUACAACGAUAAUUUGCCACCUUCGAAUCAGCGUAGCCCGUAUCCGCCUCGUAGACGCCCAGCAUCUCAGUGUUCUGGCGGAGGAAGUAGAUCUUCAACGCUGCCUCUACCCCACCGCCUUGGCGUAGAAAGACAGCACAGUGCGCGUUCUGAUCGAGAUGGGUACUAUAGCGAUCGCAACGAGCUGAUGCGGGAGCGCGAGAGGGAGCGGGAGCGGGAGCGGGGCUACCUCAGUGAUCAUAAUACGAGAGACCGUAUACGAGACAGAGAUCAAGGCUACCUUAGUGAUCAUCAGUCAAGCUUUGUAAGUGCUUCCCGUUGCGCGUCGUGCAUCGGUGAGUCCGCGCGCGCGGCGUGGUACCGCCACUCGGACGGCUGGCGCGCCGCGCCGGCGCCGGGCGCGCGGCGCUCGCCUUGGGACUCGCUCCCCAGCCUGCGACAUGAAGGCAGCCUCAACGACUCAGGAUAUCGAAGCAACAGAGCUGACAGCUUUGAACAGCGAGGUGUUUUCGAUCGACAAGAUAGUGUUAGGUCUGAGUACACAAGUGAUCGUGAGUCCUCCCGCUAUGGCAUCGUUCAACAAGCCUCCAUUGAUAGCACAGAUUCAAGAAUUUGCUACUUAACUUCAAGUGAGGGCGCUCUUUACCCAACACAGACGGCACUUAACCUAUGGAGAAAUGUAAUGGCUGCUAUGCGG